AUGCUUGUGGAGAAGUGCGAAGCCAAAAAGCUCUGGCAGAGAACCAGACACCCCACAACCAAAACCCGGUACAAUGAAGCCACCAACCAGGUCAAGGCUGCACUGUGGGAACACAGGGGCGACGGGAGGGAUGACUUCCUGCUCUCCAUCGAGGACGAGCAACCCUCCAUCCACAAGCUCCGCAAAAAAAUUAUGCGCAGAGCCUACCCCCACACGCCCCCUGUUCGGACACAACGGCCUUCUCCGGUACCAAGCUCAAGACCGCGCCGAGAUUAUGACCCACAGCAUAGAAAGGCAGUUUAUGCCCCAUGA